AUGCCGAAGCCGAUCAAUGUCCGGGUCACCACCAUGGACGCGGAGCUGGAGUUUGCCAUCCAGCCCAACACGACGGGAAAGCAGCUCUUCGACCAGGUGGUGAAGACCAUCGGCCUCCGGGAGGUGUGGUACUUUGGCCUCCAGCACGUGGAUAACAGGGGGCUCCCCGCCUGGCUGAAGCUCGACAAGAAGGUGUCGGCCCAGGAGGUCAGGAAGGAGAAUCCCCUGCAGUUCAAGUUCAGGGCCAAGUUCUACCCCGAAGACGUGCCUGAGGAGCUCAUCCAGGACAUCACGCAGAAGCUGUUCUUCCUCCAAGUGAAGGAGGGCAUCCUGAGCGAUGAGAUCUACUGCCCCCCGGAGACGGCCGUGCUGCUGGGCUCCUACGCCGUGCAGGCCAAGUUCGGAGACUACAACAAGGAGAUGCACAAGUCCGGCUACCUCAGCUCCGAGCGGCUGAUCCCCCAGCGAGUCAUGGACCAGCACAAGCUCACCCGGGACCAGUGGGAGGACCGGAUCCAGGUGUGGCACGCCGAGCACCGCGGGAUGCUCAAAGACAGCGCCAUGCUGGAGUACCUGAAGAUCGCCCAGGACCUGGAGAUGUACGGCAUCAACUACUUCGAGAUAAAAAACAAGAAGGGAACAGACCUGUGGCUCGGAGUGGACGCCCUGGGCCUGAAUAUCUAUGAGAAGGAUGACAAGUUGACCCCAAAGAUCGGCUUCCCGUGGAGUGAGAUCAGGAACAUCUCUUUCAACGACAAGAAGUUUGUCAUCAAGCCCAUCGACAAGAAGGCACCGGACUUCGUCUUCUACGCCCCGCGCCUGCGCAUCAACAAGCGCAUCCUGCAGCUCUGCAUGGGCAACCACGAGCUGUACAUGCGCCGCCGGAAGCCCGACACCAUCGAGGUGCAGCAGAUGAAGGCGCAGGCCCGCGAGGAGAAGCACCAGAAGCAGCUGGAGCGGCAGCAGCUGGAGACGGAGAAGAAGAGGCGGGAGACCGUGGAGAGGGAGAAGGAGCAGAUGAUGCGGGAGAAGGAGGAGCUGAUGCUCAGGCUCCAGGACUACGAGCAGAAGACGAAGAAGGCCGAGAAAGAGCUCUCGGACCAGAUCCAGCGGGCCCUGCAGCUGGAGGAGGAGCGGAGGCGGGCGCAGGAGGAGGCGGAGCGCCUAGAGGCGGACCGCAUGGCCGCGCUGCGCGCCAAGGAGGAGCUGGAGCGGCAGACGGUGGAUCAGAUAAAGAGCCAGGAGCAGCUGGCGGCAGAGCUGGCCGAGUACACGGCCAAGAUCGCGCUGCUGGAGGAGGCGCGCCGGCGCAAGGAGGACGAGGUGGAGGAGUGGCAGCACCGGGCCAAGGAGGCCCAGGAUGACCUGGUGAAGACCAAGGAGGAGCUGCAGCUGGUGAUGACGGCGCCGCCGCCCCCGCCGCCGCCCGUGUACGAGCCGGUGGCCUAUCACGUCCGCGAGAGCCUGCAGGAGGAGGGCCCGGAGGACUCGGGCUGCAGCGCCGAGCUGUCCAGCGAGGGCAUCCUGGGCGACCGCAACGAGGAGAAGCGGGUCACGGAGGCCGAGAAGAACCUGCGCGUGCAGCAGCAGCUCCUGACUCUGUCCAGCGAGCUGUCCCAGGCCCGAGACGAGAACAAGAGGACCCACAACGACAUCAUCCACAACGAGAACAUGCGGCAAGGCCGCGACAAGUACAAGACGCUGCGGCAGAUCCGCCAGGGCAACACCAAGCAGCGCAUCGACGAGUUCGAGGCCAUGUGA